AUGCCGGGCGAGUUCGGAAAGGGAAGGGGAGGCUUCAGACCGGGAAUGGCUCCCGCCCCCAGGGCUGCAAAGCCGAAUUCUUUCGCAAACACCAAGGGCGACCACAUGCCCACUGCCAAGUCUAUCUUCCAAACUUGGGGAAGACAAGCUCGCCAGGCUGAGCAUGAUGAAUUUCUGGGCCCCGCGCCGGCCGACAAGCACCUCAUCCAGGCAAAGUUGGAUGAACCGGGAGCCCUCGACGAUAUUCGCCGGGAGUAUGGGGUCUACAUUACCCGUGUGAAGCCCAACGUGCUUGACCUUCGUUGCGAAUCCAUCGGUCGCCUCCAACAGGCACUUCGGGCUAUCAACUGGGCCCUUCGCGAUAUGCGCCUCUCCAAUGAACAUGCUCCUGUUCGCUUCUUGGUCCAACGACCAACUAACGCCAUCAUCAGUGACAUGAUAACAGUCGAGCUUGGGAAACGACCUGCCUUUCUCUCCCCUAGCCCUUCCUUGGUCAGCAACGUGUCGUCCAUGAAUGAUCAUCUACCCCAGCUUGCCUCUGAUAUCGCAAUCUCAGCCGAGGGCCUGAUGGGGAUCAGCAAGAAUAUGACAUUUCGUAUCAACUUUGGCCAUCUAAUCAUCGGAAAGAAGAAGAAAGGAUCUGAAGGCGAAGUUAGCAUUGGCAAUUUUACCAAGCUCAUGGACAUGUACUCUGUUCGUGGUGGUGCCAGUUUCGAGCCCAGACUGCCAAACGCUGAGAAGGCGGAGAAGGUUCUCCAGUUCCUCGUCAAACCAGAGCAGCGUGUUUGCAGAGCCCUUAAGGAUGUUGAGCGAACAUGCGAGUUCACUGUUGUCACUGAGGACCAGGAAAUCAAGGCAAACGCAAACUGCAUCGCCGGGCAGAACAUGAAGCUUUCCAUGGUCCGAGCAACUAGACCCGAGCCCUGGGGGCGUCUGAACUGGACGGUAGUUGCUCCUGACAUGCAAUACGACUGGAACUUCAGAGUCGAUGCCUGGGACAAGGUGGAUGUUGCAGCUGGUUUCAAGGACCUUGCCCAGAAAGUUUUCCUGACCGCAAAUGUCAACAAAGAAACUCUUCUUGCAGUCCCAACUGUCAAUACGGCCAAACUUGCGGCCCUUGAAGAUGAGAUCAAACAGAUCCGGGUCAAAUCUUCGGCGAGAUUUCCAUACAGGGACAGUUCGUAUGUGCUUGAGAUCAGCGUCACCAAGACUGUGAAUGGGUUUCGCGCAGCAGGAGGGCCCGAGGUUACAUGGAGUGUUGAAUUGUACGCGCCUCAUUGGGAGGAGAGUGUCAACCACAUGAGCGGAGGACGAAAGGUUUGGGGUGAAGGAUUGGAGAACAUUUGGACGGAUGAGGGCCAUGAUCUCAAGUCGAGGCUCAGAGGUUUCUGCCGGGUCAUCCUGGAGGUCCAGGCUCUUUUGAGCAGAGCAGAUGCCAGUGCCGCUUCGCAGUAG